CCCACGCCGGCGUCAUGUCCAGACGCAGCCUGCGGCUCGAUGACGGCCUGUUGGACCGCAGCCUGCCGCACGGCAGCGCCUCCUUCAGUGUGGGAGGAACCAGCUGGAGGAGCACCAGGUCGUUGAAGUCUCGCCGUUCUCAGCAGCUCUCCGUCUCCUGCUCAGAGUCUCUCCUCCUCAGCACUCCUCGUAAACUGGCCGGCCCGUUGCUCCUGGACAGCAGCCUCCACAGCAUCGCCUCUGACGCCUCCCUGCUCUCCUCAGUGCUGGACGACUCCUCCGUCCAGGAGACCACGCUGGUCGACACCUUCUGGGGUUUGGACCAAGACGUCGACCCCAAAGAGAGCACCAUCAUCGCGGAGCACAGCACCAUCCUGGCAGACCGCACUCUCAUUGGCUCAGACGACCGCUGUCCCAAACACCUGGUCCAGACGCUCAGCAGGGUUUACUGUCAGGACUGCGAGCUGCACUCGGACAGGAAGGAGUCCACGCAAUGCACCUCCUCCAGGUACACCACCUCCUCCUCCGUGACGGGUACCGGGCCCUCGGGGCCAGAAGAACCGGAAACAUCCACCAUCUACUGCCGACACCGCAAGAGCCGGACAGCAGGUGUGCUGGCGUCCGCGUGGGACAGGUCAGCAGCCUGCGUGAUGUCCCUGCUCACUCUGCUUCAUCAGCUGACGCUGCAGAAACACCACGACGUGACAGAUGUUCUGCAGCUGUGGCUGGACUCCGGCUUGCUGUGUGUCAGCACAGCUGCAGCCAGGUGUGUGUCUGUGCUGACACACCUGGCCACGAAGCUGCCACAGGUCAACAGACAGACUGACACACACGGAGCUCGAUCCAGUCACUGUGGAGUCAUGGACCUGAGGGAGUCCACCACGGACCAGGAGGAGCUCCAUCCCACCGGACCUCUGUGUGACGACUGUAAGGACAAACAACACUCCGAGACGGAUACUGUCACCUCAUCUCCAUCAGGUCCGUCUCCGUCUUCAGUUUGGUCCUCAGUGGCGUCCCGUGUGUUGGUGCUGACGUGGACUGCUGCAGUCUUCACAGCUUCGUGUCUCUUUGAGCUGACUCUCAGUGCAGCGUCAGCACUUUGGCCCCUGACCAAGACACUGUGUUCAUCUUCUGUGAGCGCCGGACGCUCUGCAGGUAAGAAAGCAGCUGAUCUGUACAGGUGGCUCCACAGACGAUGGCAUCACGUGACCCCCGGCUCUCUCCUGACUCGGGCUCCGCUCAGACUCCUGCUGGUUCUCCUCCCUCUGCUGCUUCUCCUCAGUCUGUCCUGGUUUGGUCCAGCUGGUCUCUGGUCUGUCCUUCCAGUUGUCAACAUCACAGAGUGGAGCACGGCGGUCUCCGAAGCUCCCGGUACGUCCUCAGACUACGACUCGGUGUCCUUCCAGAGCCAAUCAGCAGACGGCGCCGUGGAGUCGAGGGAGUUGCAGCCUUACGAGGAGCCGAUCUACAGUCGACCUCCACCAGCUGAAACACCGUCAGGAGCGGAGGAAGCGCCUGUGGCGGCGGACGAGUCGAUGGAGGCGGCUCGGCUCGUUCGUCUUGAGCACAGGCUGACGGCGCUGUGGGAGCGGGUGGAGGCCAGCGGGCAGCAGGCGGAGCAGAGGCACAGGGAGGUGCUGCAGCUGUACACCGACCUCCAGCAGCAGCAGAGCUCUGCUCGGAGCGGCGGUGACGAGGCGUGGCUGAGCGGCCUGAUGGCACAGCAGCUGAGGACGCGACUGGACGAGGACAGACGGCAGAGGGAACAGACUCGGCAGCAGGAUUUGUGGCAGCAGCAGAAUCAGGCGUCCCGGCUGGAGCAGCUGGAGCUGCAGCUGCAGGCGCUGGCUGCCAACACGGAGGAAGAGCAGCAGAGACGAGGAGCUGCAGUCUCACCUUCAUCCCCGCUUCCUGCUGCCGUCAGUGUCGGCGUGGACCGUCAGUCCCAUGAUGCCUUGCUGGCAGAGGUUGCGCGGUUGGAGGCGGCUCUACAGGACGUCAGGCGGGACGUCGAGGGUCUGUCCGGGUGUCGGGACGGCUGCAGCCGACUGGACAGAAUCCAGCAGACGAUUUCGGAGCAGGUCUCCGCUCAGGUCCAUGAGGAGGUCCGGACUCUGUUCUACGGCAACCAGCUGACGGUGAGGGACGGGUCCUCCGGAGAUGCCGUCGGCCUCCCAGAGUCGCUGCUCCGGUGGCUGUCGCAGCGGUACGUGAGUGGGGCCGACCUGCAGGCGGCGCUGGCCUCCAUGGAGCUCAGCAUCCUGCAGAACGUCAGCCUGCAGCUGGACCAACGCCGCGCGCCGGUCAGAGAGGCUGUCCUGCAGGCCGCCGUGAGCGAGGAGGACGUCCACGUCAUCGUGAAGAACGCUCUGCGGAUCUUCUCUCAGGACCGGACCGGCCUCGCCGACUAUGCUCUGGAGUCUGGAGGUGGCAGCAUCCUGAGCACUCGCUGCUCCGAGACCUACGAGACGAAGGCGGCUCUGCUCAGUCUGUUCGGGGUUCCUCUCUGGUAUUUCUCACAGUCUCCUCGAGCUGUGAUCCAGCCAGACGUCCAUCCAGGGAACUGCUGGGCCUUCAGAGGCUCUGCGGGCUUCCUGGUGAUCCGCCUCUCCAUGAGGGUCGUCCCCUCCGCCUUCAGCCUGGAGCAUGUCCCCAAAGCUCUGGCACCCAGCGGGACGCUGCACAGCGCCCCGCGAGACUUCAGCGUCUACGGUCUGGACGAUGAGAGUCAGGUGACAGGGACGCUGCUGGGAAGCUUCACCUACGACGAGGACGGAGAAGCUCUGCAGACCUUCUCCGUCACUGUGAGUGAGGAGGACAGUGACCUCUCCUUCCACAUCAUUGAGGUACAGAUCUUGUCCAACUGGGGCCACCAGGACUACACCUGUAUGUACCGCUUCAGAGUGCACGGGACGCCCGAGGACGCUGGAGGACGUCCGGAGACGCCCGAGGACGCUGGUGCUGGAGGACGUCCUGAGACACCCGAGGUCGUCUGAGGACGCUGCAGAGUCGACACGUUAUUUGAUGCACUAACCCGCGCAGAGACGCUCCUGCUGCUAACUGCCCAAGAGACUGUCGUGUCUCUACGGCGACUCAGAGACACUCCUGUGAUGUCAUUUCCUGUGGAAACGGGACACACGGACAGCUUUGAUGUUUAAUAGUUAAUAUUUUUAUGUCUGUUUGCCGUGUUCGUGUUUUAGUCACGUCUGUCUCAACACGUGAAGACGUCAAACGUUUGUUUUCAAAUAUUUUAGUGUUUCUGUCAUUUGAAGCGCGACAAUAAAGUGAAAUUUAAAGUUUUUAUAAAAGUGUGAAGGA